GUGGGCCCCGGUGGUGUGGUCGAGAAGAUGGACCGGAUGAAGAUUAUCAAGCGGAGGCUGUCCAUGUCUCUCCGCAGCGCUCGGCCCGUCGACGACUCACUGUCCGAAUUGGCAGAACAGAUGGCCUUGGACGAGCCGACCACAGCCAGGGACAAUGAGCCCAUGGUUGUGUGUGCCAUGCACCCUCCUGCCUCCCAUAGUGCUCCCUCCUUCCUGCGUCAGUACGCUGGUCAUCUGGGCCGCACCGCCCUGCGCAGAGAACCAGGUGGGGGGCUGGAAAGAGACAGAGCCUACCUGAGCCUGCACAGGACUGGAUCUCUGGGUAUCGUCCAUGAGAAUGUGAAGAUGGGUUCAGAUGGAGAGAGCGACCAGGCGUCUGGGACGUCUUCUGAUGAGGUGCAGAGUCCGGUCAGGGUUCGCAUGAGGAACAACCACCAUCGGCGCAUCUCUAAUGAAGACAUAAACAAGCGUUUGUCUCUCCCAGCUGAUAUCCGGCUACCGGAGGGCUACUUGGAGAAGUUUGCAAUGAACAGCCCGCCCUUCGACAAACCCAUGAGCCGCAGGCUACGACGUGCUUCACUGUCUGAAAUCGGCUUUGGGAAACUUGAGACCUACAUCAAACUGGACAAACUAGGAGAGGGGACUUAUGCUACUGUGUUUAAGGGUCGAAGCAAGUUGACAGACAAUUUAGUGGCUCUGAAAGAGAUCCGACUGGAGCACGAGGAGGGUGCACCCUGCACGGCUAUCCGAGAAGUGUCUCUUCUGAAAGACUUGAAGCACGCCAACAUCGUCACUCUCCAUGACAUUAUCCACACUGACAAGUGCCUGACACUCGUGUUUGAGUACCUGGAAAAAGACCUGAAGCAGUACAUGGAUGACUGUGGGAGCAUCAUGAGUGUUCACAAUGUCAAGAUCUUUCUGUUCCAGCUGUUAAGAGGUCUGGCGUACUGCCACAGAAGGAAGGUUCUCCACAGAGACCUCAAACCCCAGAACCUCCUCAUCAAUGAAAAGGGAGAGCUCAAACUGGCAGACUUUGGUUUGGCCCGAGCCAAGUCUGUCCCUACGAAGACCUACUCAAAUGAAGUUGUGACAUUAUGGUACCGACCACCAGAUGUGCUUCUAGGCUCCACUGAGUACUCCACACCCAUUGACAUGUGGGGUGUGGGCUGUAUCUUUUAUGAAAUGAUCACCGGCAGACCUCUUUUCCCUGGAUCGACUGUGGAGGAUGAGCUUCACCUCAUAUUCCGUAUCCUUGGUACACCUACUGAAGAGACUUGGCCGGGUAUCACCACCAGUGAAGAAUUUAAGACGUACAAUUUCCCACAAUACCGUGCAGAACCCCUCGUCAACCACGCACCAAGAAUAGACAACGACGGCCACGACUUGCUCUCAAUGCUCCUACAGUUUGAGGCAAAGAAGCGUGUAUCAGCUGAGGAUGCUUUCAGACACUCAUAUUUUAGAAGUCUUGGAGAGCAGGUUCAGACACUAGCUGACACUGCAUCCAUCUUCUCCGUCAAAGACAUCCACCUCCAGAAAGAUCCAGGAAAGAGAUCCUCAGUCUACCCAGAGUCAACGAUGGCCCAUAAGCUAGGCUCAGCACCCUCGCAGUACUUCCAGAGAGAAGCAGCCAAUCCCAGGGCUCAGAGUCACAAUCUCUCCUCCACUUCCACUGGCUGAGUGGCCCCUACCAUUCUGCCCAGGGGAAGAGCAGGAGGCAGAGUGUGUUGUUUUAGUGCUGCCGGGGGGGCACUGAGGCUCAGAGGACAGUGAUACCUGGAGCUGUCCUCCCAGACAUACAUUCACUGAUCCUGCCACACACACGCAGGAGGAGCGACACACAUCCUGCCAUAGACACACACACACACACACACACACACACAUUGAAAAACAAAACCCACACAGAAAUAAGGCUGAAUAAUUCAUACUUGACAAAAAAAAAACUUAGAAUUCAACCCCAAAGAUGGAAAAAUGAAAAAUGAGAGAGCAUGCAUGGUGCUGGACGAAGAGUGGGAGAGGACAUGAUUCUCCUUGCUGCUGCUACCAUUGCUGACCAGAGGAGGGCAGCGUUUGGGAUGAUGUGUGCUGACUCUGGUUUUUUGGAACAGAUCGUGCUUCAUCACUGAACUGUGGGAGGUACGAGAGGAGACACGAUUCAAAGAAAAGAACGAACCCUGUUGUUCUCUCUCAUUUGUGACUUCUGUUUUUGUCUUGGACUGUUGUUGUACAUAAAGAGACUGAGCUGUAGAACGCUUUUUCAUAACACGCCUCAGCCUGAAUCCAAACUCUGAAUAUUGCAGAAUAUUGCAGUCCCAGAUCCUCGCCUAUUUUCUUGGACACACACACACACACACACACACACACACACACACACACACACACACACACACACACACAC